AGGUGUUAGAGUUACGUAACCUUCUUCUUAUUUGUAAAUCCCGCCGUCCCAAAUGUAUAUAUAUUUUUAGAUUAAACAGUCAAAAACUCCUAACCAUUAACAUUUAAACUUUAAACAUUUUUAACUUACCGCCGUUUUCCUACAAAAAAGUUGAUGUUUUUUACCCUAAGUAUCGAAUUUUGACAGACCGUACAAAUCUGUCCAAAACCUGUUAGAUUGAUCUGAAGCUCCUCCAUUUUUCUUUUCCCCAAGGCUUCAUGGUUGACUGACCUCUCAAGUAUCAUGAAGUUCUGUUUCAAUCAAACGACUCGUGUCUUCUAAUCGAUACAAACUAUGGCUGAAACUACCGCAACAGCCACCGUCACCAACAACAGAACCGCCAUCGCCACCGCCACCGGCACCACUUACACUGUUCCUAAGCUCGAACCAUCACCCUCCGCCUCCAUGGCUACAACUAUUGAGGAUGUAGACGAAGAUAUGUUUCUAUCAAAGUCCGAGUUAUUAGCUCGUGAAGAAGUACUUAAACGACGAUCUCGAAAACUGAAGCAGAUAGCUAGGGUUUACAAGGAUCAUUACUGGUGUAUGAUGGAAGAACUGAAAUUGAAGUACAGAGAAUAUUAUUGGGAGUAUGGGAAGAGUCCGUAUCAGGAUGAUGGAUCAGUAACUGAAAUCGAUGCGGAAAAGAAUGGCGAUGAUGAGUUAGGGUUAGAGUUCAGUAGCGAUUUAAGUCGGUGUGCUGUUCAUGGAUGUAAAUCAAAAGCCAUGGCGCUAACCAAGUUUUGUCACGCUCAUAUAUUGUCCGAUUCUAAACAGAAACUCUACAUGGGUUGCAAUUACGUGAUCAAAAGCUCACAAGCAGGACCUAUACUUUGUGGGAGACCAAUUCUUAAAUCCACAGUUCCUUCUCUAUGUGCAACUCAUUUCCAAAAGGCAGAAAAACAUGUUGCAAGGGCUUUAAAGAAAGCAGGGCUAAAUGUAACCUCUACUAGUAAAGUUGCUCCAAAAUUUCAUGUUAUUAUUGCAGAAUAUGUUCGUCUAAUUCAAAGUAAAAGAAGAAUUGCUCAUAAAGCAGAAUUAGAGAAUCUUGAUGUAAAAGAAGAAGAUAUCAGCAUUUAAAAUUGUUGUAAUGUGAAUUCAAGUGUAUUUUUCAAAUUGUAUUCUACCUCUUUUCCUCUUUGUUUGUUUCUUUUUCCCUUUUUCUGCCCCUACACAUUUUAAGUCAACAGAUAUUGUAAGAUAGCUGAUUUUAUGGAGCUCUGAAUUGGAUCUUUGUGUUGCUAGAUCAAACUUUGUGCAUUGAAGGUAUAUACUACAUCAUUAGUGUUUUGUAUUUUGUAGUUGUGGUCUAAAGUUUCAAUGUUUGUGUAUGUUGUUUAAAUAUAUAUUGUUGCAAAAUGUUUUUCUUUGAAAGUAUCCGAGUCUCCCAAUUUAAAUUUGAG